AGGUAAUUUUAUAAUCACUCAUUUUGUCACUUAUUUUGCUGAUAGUAUUUCAUGCAAUUUGAUUUUAGGUGGUAGUUAUUCUGAGAAAUCCUAAAUCAGUAUUUAGCAGCAUGUAUCAACUUAAAACUUUAAUGCCGGACUUGUAUACCAAGGUACCAACUUUUGAUAUGUUCCUGGAUGGUCAACUUACAGAAUUACAAAAUCAAAUGCAUUAUGGGACCUGGUUAAAUCAUGUCCAAGGAUGGUGGGAAAAUAGGAACAAACUAAAUGGCAACAUACAUUUUGUGUAAUAUGAGGAUAUGAUCAAGAAUAUGCCCAGAGUUCUGAAUGAACUCUCAAAGUUCUUAGGCAAGAAACUUCCUGAAGAAAAAAUAGAGGAAAUGACAGAAUACCUCCAAUUUGAGAAAAUGAAGAACAAUCCAAUGACUGCAAAUCCAUUUGAGAAGGUUGCAGUAUUUGAUGAACAAGUAAAUGGUCCUAGCUCGUAUAGAGGUAGACACAUGCAGAAAGGUGUUUUAGAUGGCUGGAAAAAGAAGAUGACUUCAGCGCAAAGUGAAAGAAUUGAUGACUACCUCAAUCCAAGACUGACACAACUUGGCUUAAGAUUUCAAUAUGAAUGAUGACUGAGGGCAGGCUUAAUAUAAAGUCCCUUAUAUGUUUUCUGAAUAUAAAAUAUAUUACCUC